AUGGAUUAUGCCGGCCCGAUACUAGUUCGAGCGAUGUCUGGGCGCGGAGUGGCCUCCCGAAAGGCCUACAUCGCCAUAUUCGUGUGUAUGGCAACGCGCGCAGUACAUUUGAAGUUGGUCGAGGGGUACGCCACUCCGGCAUUUUUGGGGGCCUAUUCGCGAUUCGUGGCUCGACGGGGUCUUCCGACGGCGGUGUACGCCGAUAACGGGACCACCUUCGUCGGAGCGGAUCGCGAACUCACGGUCGCGUUUAGAGCGGCUCUUCGCGAUCCCGUGUUUUUGAACAGGACAGCUUUGGACAAUGUUGAGUGGCAUUUUCUGCCUCCCUCAGCCCCUCAUUUUGGCGGCCUAUGGGAGGCCGGUGUACGAAGCGUGAAGCACCACAUUCGCCGGGUGGUCGGAGCGCACACGCUGACGUUCGAGGAGUUCUCCACGCUUCUUUUAACGUCGAAGCAUGCCUCAAAUCUAGGCCCAUAG